UUCGCAAUGGCCUCACAUUUAUUGAUUUCGCGUUUCUCUGCGAGCGAUGCCAGUGAAAUGAGAUUCAAAUUUACGGACGAACACGAAACACAGGGUGAAUGUUUCUCUGGGGCUGAUAGAUGUUACGCAAUGCGAGGCGCAAGUCAGGUUUUCGCUACCUACCUUUUUUUGUGUGCCAUAAAAAGUCGUCUAUACACCACGUACACAUUAUAUACUUUAUUCCACGUGUUAGCUUUGUCACAUAACCAUUGAUUAUACCAUUGGAUGUGUUUAUUGGGUAUGUUGGUCAAAGUCAUGUCCUGCUAGCUAUUUGAUUGUGUUCAACGUAAAGGUAAGCAGGCGUCCAUUAUUUUAACCUUUUGUCAUCCUGUUCAAUAUCGCCGACAUGUUUAUAUUUGCUUUUACUGAAGCCAUAAAUUGUGUGGUGUAGUCCGCUGAACAGAGCAACAACAACAAUAUUUUAAAGCCUCCUUUCAUUGGACUUUUUAAAGGGGAAAUCCAGUGCUUGGCAUGAACAGUGUGUCCAGUAGGUCAUGUAAUAUGUACCCUUAUUUUGGCAAUGUGAUGUUAAAUCCUCUCUCAUUUAAUAGUGUUUUGAGAAGAUUUUUAUCGACAAUUGCGGAUUUUCAGGGGCGCUGCCAUUUUUGCAAGUCACAUGAUGUACGUGGGCGUAUGUGACGUGUACCCUGCUGUUACAAAUGCUUGAUUACAUGGGACGCCAUUUAUGCCAGCGGUGAUUUCUCGUAUUUAUCUUCAUCUGAUGAAAAAAUAGCAGUAUCGGUUGAUUGGGAGGACAGAGGAAUACUUCCAUACAGAUUUGAACCUGCGGCUGUAGUUAAUGUUGAAUAUUCGGAUGGUUCUUCGGGCGGAAUGACGCGGAGUCUGACUACUCGGAAGCCUAAGCCAUAAGUGUGUAAACAAAUGCCGACCCGGGAGCUCCGGGCCGGCAGCCGCGGAUGGUUCUUCGGACGGGAAUGACGCGGAAGUCUGACGAGCAAGCUCCGGCGGCGGGCCGCGAGCCGAGCUUUCAGCCCCGGACACCGAAGCUAGGCUAAAGGCCUCCGCCGCCGCCGAAGGCGGGCUCGCGAGCCGAACUUCGACAUUCCGGGAGGCCGUUAGCCGAGCUUCUGCUCACUGUUCAUGCACAGCAUUGGAUUUCUCCUUUAAUUAGCAACAAACCCAAGGUUCACAUGAUGGUGAAUCCAUCCCUUGUGAGCGUAUUUUACGCCUCAGUCUGGUGGUGGGUCGUGGUUCAGUUUGGUCGAACGUGACUCUAUGAUGUUCUUGUGAUUGCGGUCAAUAUUCUCAUUCACAUCAACAUAAAAUCGUUUCAGGAAUGUCUCAACUCUUUGUAAUUCAUUCAAUGUAACAGUCACAUAAUCUGUACAGUUAUCCUCCUUCCGUCCGUUUUCUUCGCUGCUUAUCCUCACAAGUGUCGCGGGAGUGCUGGAGCCUAGUGGCAGGAGGCAAGGAAACCGGAGUGCUCACCCGGAGAAAAACCCACCCAGGCACGAGGAGAACAUGCAACUUCCAGACAGGCGGGGCCGGGAUUGAACCCUGGACCUCAGAACUAGGACGGCAGACAUGGACCCUGAUAGCGCCACCCACACAGAGCCCAUGGCUGACGAGGACGAGCCUCUUUUCAGCAACCUUGACCUCUUCCUCUUCUCCCUGAUCGUUGGCCUUGUCAUCUACUGGUUCAUGACGCGCAAGAAGCCAGACCCCAUCCCCGAGUUUAAGAAGCUUGAAACAACAGCGCCGACGACAAGAGAAACGAGUUUCAUCGAGAAAAUGAAGAAAACAGGAAAGAACAUCAUUGUGUUCUACGGCUCCCAGACCGGCACAGCAGAAGAGUUUGCCAACAGACUGUCCAAAGAUGCGCAACGCUAUGGCAUGAAGGGAAUGGCUGCUGACCCGGAAGAAUACGACAUGGGUGAGCUGUCUCGUUUGUCCGAGAUCAAAAACUCGCUGGCCAUAUUCUGCAUGGCCACCUACGGCGAAGGCGACCCGACGGAUAACGCCCAAGAUUUCUAUGAUUGGCUGCAGGAAAAUGACGACGAAGACCUCUCCGGACUCAACUUCACGGUAUUUUCUUUGGGCAACAAGACGUAUGAGCAUUACAACGCCAUGGGGAAAUACGUCGACAAAAGGUUGGAGGAACUUGGGGCCAAGCGCAUCUUUGACCUCGGGUUAGGUGAUGACGAUGGCAAUUUGGAAGAGGACUUUGUGUCAUGGCGAGAGCAGUUUUGGCCUGCGGUUUGUGAGCACUUUGGCGUGGAAGCCUUGGGAGAUGACUCAAGCAUCCGUCAGUAUGAGCUGAAGGAGCACACGGACAUCAGCAUGAGUAAAGUGUUCACAGGAGAGAUUGGACGCCUGAAGAGCUUUGAGGUCCAGAAGCCGCCAUAUGAUUCUAAAAAUCCAUUUUUGGCCCCAGUCACGGUCAACCGUAAACUCAACAAAGGUGGCGAGAGGCAUCUGAUGCAUCUCGAAUUAGACAUUUCGGGCUCCAAGAUCAGAUACGAGUCCGGGGACCACGUGGCCGUUUUCCCGACAAACGACGCGGCACUGGUGAAUAAGCUGGGGCAAGUCCUUGGUGUGGACCUUGAUGUGGUUAUCUCUCUGAACAACCUCGAUGAGGAGUCCAAUAAGAAGCACCCCUUCCCCUGCCCGACAACAUACCGGACAGCUCUGACUCACUACCUCGACAUCACGCAGUCCCCUCGCACCAACGUCCUCUACGAGCUGGCCCAGUAUGCGUCAGACCCCAAAGAACAGGAGAAUAUGCGCAAGAUGGCCUCCUCCUCCCCUCAGGGCAAGGCGCUCUACCAGAGCUGGGUGUUGGAACCCUGUCGGAACAUUCUCGCCAUUCUGGAGGACAUGCCGUCUUUAAGGCCCCCCAUCGACCACCUGUGUGAGCUGCUUCCUCGUCUCCAGGCUCGCUAUUACUCCAUAGCCUCCUCCUCGAAAGUUCACCCGAACAGCAUCCACAUCUGCGCCGUGGUGGUGGAGUACAAGACCAAGACGAACCGUAUCAGCAAGGGAGUCGCCACCAACUGGCUGAAGAACAAACUAGUCACCGACAACGGUCACAAAUCGACUGUCCCCAUGUACAUCCGCAAGUCUCAGUUCCGCCUCCCCUUCAAGGCCAGCGUCCCGGUCAUCAUGAUCGGUCCUGGGACGGGAAUCGCUCCCUUCAUGGGAUUCAUCCAGGAGAGGGGCUGGCUCAAGCAGCAAGGCAAGGAAGUCGGAGAGACGGUGUUGUUCUACGGCUGCCGCCAUAAAAAAGAAGAUUAUCUCUACCGGGAGGAGCUGGAGGAGGCCGAGAAGAAUAACGUCCUAACGCGGCUUAAUGUUGCCUUCUCCCGAGACCAGGAGCAAAAGGUUUAUGUGCAACACCUCUUGAAGAAAAACAAGGAGGACAUCUGGAAGCUCAUUCACUCGGAAAAUGCUCAUAUCUACAUUUGUGGGGACGCAAGGAACAUGGCGAAGGAUGUGCAGGUGGCCUUUUACGAGAUAGCAGAGGAGCUUGAAGGGAUGACCCGCACCCAGGCCACAGACUACAUCAAGAAACUGAUGACCAAGGGACGCUACUCACAAGACGUCUGGAGUUAAAAACCCUCAAAUUCAACCUUCGGCUCACUACUCGAGUGAUUGUUUUUUUUUUUUUUUUUUUUUUAAUUUGUGGCAAGUGUUAUUAUUAUUUUUUUCUUUAAAUCUCAUUUCAUUUGGACUGAAUAUGAAAAUAUUUAAUGCCCUUUCAUUUUCAUCCUGGUUCAUGAAGCUAAAGGUGGCAGCCCUACCUCGGCAGGUUAUUUAGUAAACCCCAUUGCACAGCUUUAUUGUAAUAAUCAUCCGCGUCAUAUCGCAUAACUGGAUCACCAGCACUUGUUCUCCGGCCUCGUAAAGCACUGCGCGCGUCCCCUUUGCCGUUAACCGUGGCGUUCCGUAAAAGCGGGCGUACUAAAAUGCACCACUCUCCAUGAGUUUUUGUUUUUUCAUCUUCAAAUAGGAAGGAAAAUAUGCAAAUCAUAGUAGCGUCAUCUCAAUGACGAUGCAUUUCCAAAGUCACACACACGUCACAGUUUUUAUUGCAAAUGCUCUGGAAAAGAGUGCUGACAUAAGCACUAUCCAGAAGUUUCCUUCAGAAUAGAAUACAACCAUCCGUUUUCGUGCACCGCUUAUCCAUACUAUCAUCGGCGGAACACUGGAGGCAAUGAACCUUUCUGAUGGUGAUCUUAAGCUCCGCCCCCUUAGCCACGUCCCAGAAGCUUUCAAAAUGGCGACUGAACAUGUUUGAAGUCGAUUCUCUAUCGCGUAUUCCAGAUAAUAUUGGGGUAUGUUUUUUUUUUUUUUGCCAAAUGCGUCAGACUUGGCCGAGAGAGUUCUACAGAGAGGUCUCAAGUAUUUCACGUGAGGAUAUGGACACGGAAUUAAGAUUUUGGACGGGGCAGGACUCGAUGUCAGAGUUACAGCGAAAUGUUGGCGAUCGAUGCAAAAAACAAAAAAACAAAAAAAGUUUGACGCAUUGAAAUCCGACAGGAUAAAAUAGCGGAAUCGUACAGCGCAUGUAAAGCAGGGUGAGUACUUUUUACUUGGAAAGAUCACGAGUAAGAUCAUUGGAGUCUUUAAAAAUGAGUGGGUGAAUUAAUAAGCGAAACCAGUGCUCUGUCUAAAAAGUCUGAUGUGAUACAAAUGGGAAAAUAGACAUUUCUCUUGCAUGAUAACGCGCAUUUAUGUAUCGCUAACCUGACUCUUCGGCAUAAAACAUGGCACACUUCGUUCGGCAGGUCAGUGAUUCGCUAACAAAAGUGAAAGUUUUUCUCCUGCACUGAUAAUAAUACAAUCAAACUCAAGAGAAGAUACUUCUCCCUCACUUACCUUGGAACAUACAGCCUUGUGUUUGUCGAUAUUGUUCACGUUUAGUUGUACGUGCGCGCUUCCGCGAGCCUUAAUCCAUCGUAGACACCUCGUCAACUGCGUUUUCGGCUUUGGAAAACGAAUCAAGCGGGCCCCUCGUAGCUUUCAUCAGAAUUGCACAUUCCACAAGCGCGUCUGAGGACCAUUUUCUUCGUAACAUGAACUUUUCCGUGCGCACGCUACUGGCACCCGGCAUUGCUUGUGGGACAAUACGGCUAUCUGAUUGGCUAUUACUGUACGAGUGAUUGACAGGUCGGCAAGGUCCGUUCCAGCUAUCUUUGGGCAAGAGGCGGGACGCGCCCUGAGCUGGUCACCAGCAAAUUUGAAGGGCGCGUAGACAAAACGACCGUUGGCACCCUCAUUCGCAUCUACGGGUAAUUUAGAGUCUUUAAUUUGGGAUGUGGGCCGAAACCGGAGCAACCCGGAGAGAGUCCACGCGGUCACUGGGAAUAAACACGGAGACUCCACACAGCGGUAAACUGGAUUUGAACUCGGGUCACCUCGACUGAGAGGCAGACGUGCUAAGCACGUCGCCCGUUUUUCCGCCGCGACCAAAUGUACGAAAAUACAAAGAUUUUGAGGGAAAUAUUUGAAUUUACACGCAUCAGUAGUACAAUGUUAUGUUCAGUUUUGUGUUCUGACAAGGGACUUUUACUGCUUAGAUUAAUCAGUAAUUAAUUUGAAAUGCAGGUAUGUGAUGCAAAGGGGAUUUUUUUUUUUUUACUGUAUUUUUUUUUUAAUAUACAAGCACGCAGUAAAAAAAAAAAAAAUGAAAAUAUGCAGGUACAAUGUUCAUACAUGUUAAAAAUCUGACCUGUAACCAUUUUUUUAAAAUGCAUUUGAUGAAUAUUAUAAAGCGGUUUUUCCAGUGUGGGUAACACUGAAACACAGCUGGCUGUACAUUUUGACGGAAGUGAUGUAUGUGUAUAUAUAUAUAUUGUCCAGUCGCUUAUGGCUCAUAAUGUGGAGGAGGAAACUUUCUCUCUUCCUCUACCUGUUGUGUGUUUUCCCCACAACGUAUUUGAAAAAUAAACGACAUUCUGCCUUUGUCCGCCAUCUUUAGAGUGCAGCCUGUGCCUUUUAAACACUGCCUUACAUAUUUGUUAUUUCCCACCCCCCCCUCUUUUCAUUCUGAACGUUUAAUAAUCUUUCACCUGAAACUCUCGACCGCUUACUCUCCGUGCUGAAAUUGUUCGAACACAAGCCCUGCCUUUUUAUAUAUAUAUAAAUUAAUAAAAAUGGAAUAA